AAUUAGACCUUCCUUGGUACCGCUCGCCAAUCUAGGAAAACUCUCCGGGAAUGGUGGGAGUCCACUUCAACGUUCUGUCGGUUGGUCCGCGCUGGACCAGCAGAGCUCGCUUGAAUAAGCCAUGUAAUUGUUUAUUCAUUUGUCACGGUGUUGCGUUACACCUGGGCCGAUCGGGAUUCUGGACUUUUCUAUGGAAAUACACAAUGUAUCCAUUCCUAUCUGCAAAAAAAAUUUACCCUCAAAGCUGGAGCAGAUUCGACGCACAUCCAGUUGUACACUCAAUAUCUCGGAUUCGGGUUGGAUUCACAGAUAGAAUCCUGGUAAACCCCGACUAUUCUAGUGUUGUUGACCAACUUAUUUCUUCAAGGAAAUUCCCCAAGUCCUUAAUGUGUAUGAGGAGGUCCGGGUCUCUAGCACGGUUAAUAUACUAUCUGCACAACUCGACCAGAAAAAUGUACGUCGUACCCUCUACUCCAAGUAGAGUAAGUUCUCCUGUGUGCAUUACUCCGCAAUUCCUUGUUUCCUGCCAUGAAAGAGAGACUACCUUCGCUAAACUCGAAAUGACAAUCCUGCAUUUCCGCCGCCGAAGGCGCAAUAUUAUCAAGUCGAUACCUCGCGCCACUAGCCUAAUGGUUGGAGAGGAGUACGUAUCAAGCUGUACCAAGAGAAAAUUAUCGUCGAUCAACCUUCUCGACAUUCAUUCUGCGGAUCACAGCGAGUGAUAUGGUGUUGUACAUAUUGGGACCUCAACUUUAACAGGCCACUUGUGAUGGGACCCCUGGAGCUCAUGGGAGCGACCAAGUUAU